UGACUGUGCUGGAUACUCGUUCUUCGACCAGCAGAGCGUUUUUUUUUUUGAUCGACUUCGUCUCCCUGUUGGAGGACGCGAGGUUACAGAAAGAAAUACGACAUUUUCGUACUGCGUGCCGAAAUAAUAUGCCGCCCUCCGCCGUCGACGGCUGAGAACAGCGUCUUCUACUUUGAAGAAGCGGCGGAAAUUUUCAGAGCGGGGCGGAGAGAACAAGUCAACGCAUCCUAUUGACGUACAAGGCAAAGGAGCCACAGAGGGGCUGCGCUUCUGCACGUAGAAGAUUCUUGCGACAACGACUUUAAGUACUUCCUUCGGUGUUUCUUCGUAGCCACCUCCGGCUUGUUCUCCGAUCGCUGCCGCAGCCAUGCUUCGUUUCCGCCACGGUCUCAGCGGUGACGAGGAUUUCGUCGAGCUGCCUUUUACGGAACUACAAAAACCACCGCUGGCGGGCAGCCUGUACCGUGAUGAGGAUGGGAAAUUGGUACUGAAAGUCACCGCCAAGCACUUCAAGGAAAGACUAUCCACAGGAAAUUUUCUGUACACGACGUACAAAUGUUCCUUCCGCAUGACAAAUUUUGAUUUUUCCUUCAAACCUUUUGCUCAGCAUCAGCAUGACGAGUUGCUUCCUCUAAGUUCUUUGCGAAAUUUGUGAUGCGUUUUGUACACACUGUGCGGAAAAUUUGUAUUGCAUAAAGACUCCUCAUGAUUCACUUCGCCAAACGGAUCGCGCCGGCUAUUCAUCUGUGCAGAAGUAUUAUCGCAAGAAAAAAGUGUUACAGUUACACAUUGUGUUGCAAGACCGGCAACACAGACAACGUUUCUCAUGCAGGAAAUGCUUGCGAGCCUCGUUUCCUUCCUGUUUUCCCUUCUGCUCUUCGCAUUAGAAGUUUUCUUUGGUACACAGAGAAAAUUUGUGAUGCAGAAACUCCAACAAAUGUGUAACUGUAACACUUUUUUCUCGUGAUAAGUAUUGUUGCGCGACUAGUACGAGGACUUUUUAAGUAUGCAUCUACAAACUUGUUUCUUGGCAUAAUGAAGAAAACGAGAUGAAUUUUGUGCAAUGCUGAUGUAGCUACAGAAAGGAGAUGUGUCAUGCAUGAUCACUAGAUGGCUACUAGAACUAGAAGUGCGAUACUUCAUGUUUUUUCCGACAAUUCCGGCGUCCAUGCUGCAGAUUUGGCGUGUGCCGGAGAGCGCACAGAACACGCCGGAAGCGUUAUCGAAAGGAAAAAUCCGUCCUCCCCAUAUCAAAACGAAAUUUGUGAUGCUGGAAUUGUGUACACAAAUCGGAGCUGUCUUGCUGGAGAGCAGUGCAGGCCCAUGCCAAGCGUGAGUGGAGAGGCUGUGGCCUAGGCACUUAGCAUGAAAAACGUCCGCACUGUAGGCCCGACAGCAUGAGAAACCGCCCGCACAAAGCGGCGGAGCCUGCGGAGUUGCCUUCUUGCAAGACAGACACGAUUUGUGACCACAAAUUAGCAUCACAAAUUUCCAAAAAUAUACCUUUUCAGUUUGGGGAGGGGGAAUUUUUCUUUUUGACAAGCGUCACCGAGUACAGCCAUGGAGGGCGUCGUGGAGCAGCCGGAGCUGCAAAACAGCGAGGAGUUGCAGCGUCUCCAGGAGGACCAGCACCCAAUCGACGAUUUGUCGCUGCGCAUGUCCCGGUUGAGCAGUCCGCAAAGUGCGCAGAGCGGCAGCGGGCCAUCGAGGAGCCCGAAGACCCCGUCGUUUGCACCAGUGGAAUUACUCGUAGAAGACGAUAUGGCGUUCUCAAAUGUUACAUUUUCAACUGUUAUCAAUGAUUUGUCAUGCAAACUUACGAAGUAGAAUCGACGUGAUCAAGCUGCUUCGCAUGACAGAUUCUAGAAGAGCCAAAGAGGCUGAGGAUCUGUCGCAAAUCUGUCAUGCGACACGUGCAAGGUCACCCUUUUCUCCGUUGCCAUUCUUGCAUCACAAAUUCAUAUUAUACAGUUGAGAAUGCAACAGUUGAGAGCGCCAUAGACGAGAAGGAAAUGCUGGAAUUUCUUCUCUUCCCUACCGCGACAGUAUCCUGUGCAAAAGUAUCGUACAACUCGUAUAAGUGCAAUUCUUGCAUUACAAAUCUUUUGCUUAAGGUAAAUCAGCAUUACAAAUUUUAUUUCUCAUGCUGAGGAAAUUUGUAAUGCAUUUAUACGAGUGCGAUACUUUUGCAGUUCAUAGACAGUGCCGAGCACCAGGCUUGACGCACUUUGUGCUGGAGGACCCCCAUCUCGCUCUGGCGAAGAGAAUCGCGGGAAGCAGGCCGCCGUCCCAGCGGGAAACGAAUCUCUUCUGCCGAAGUCUACUUUCCACAGCAGCAGCUCUGGCGCAGCGUCGUCGGUGGGUCGUACGCUUGUUUUCCAGACUGGAGUUGCAGGAGCAACCCGAGAAACCGCUGGUGUUCCAGUCGGAGCCCGUGCGGAACAAAACAACUCCGCAUCGCCAACACACCCCGGCGUGUUGGACAGCGCCACCGAAACGGAGCACGCAGAGCCGGUCGGUUAUUCCGCUGCCGCAGAGUCUGGCUCGACAUUGCGGCUAGUGCCAACUGCUACUGGAACCACGUCUAGUGCUGCUUCUGCAACGUCGGCGUCCCAACCGGCUGUGGCGAAGACUGAAAAUCAAAAUACGGCAGCGUCCUGCGCCGCACCAGCGCAGCAGGGACAACGGAGAAAGAUUUGCGCGAUCCGUGUGACAACGAAGGCCGUGGAGUUCCCGGGAGCUGUGGCGGGUACGGCGGAGGCAGACAAAUCCGGGUCGUGGUUCGUCAUGGUAUCAGAAUCCACAACUCACCCUUUCUAGAUUUGCAGGGCGAAAACCACCACUAAUAUCCGCUCGGUUAACCAGAAUAUCAAUCUGUUGCCACGGUCCGCGUGACAAAGUUCGAGAUCUUCUUCGUCUUCACAAACAUUACUACAAUCUGAUGUGUGUAAAUUUGAUGUCAUCGUGCGGAAACUUCAACCUGAACAGCAAGGGCUUGGUUCUUGUUGCUGUUCAUGCUCUGCUAAGUAAAGGAAAGGGCGUAGAAGUUGUCUACUGGCAUACUUGAAGCCCGGCGCCUACAAUGGAUGGUCGAACUUUCAAGCUAGCGGACCUCCAAUCGAUUGUGGUGAAUUGCAACUCCGCCCCGACAUAGGCAUUGCGAAUACGUAUGGGUCUAGUCGAGACAAAAAUCUGUCAUGCACAGAAGGCCGCAAAAGUAGCUUGUUUCUUGUCAUCAAAGUCUGGACCUGGAGUUUAUAUAUUUAUAUUCGAGAUAUGAGUAUAAUUGAGAAAGCUCCGCAAUCAGUGAGGCGAGAGCUUGCAUGCCAGAAGCUCUGCUGGGUCAUACAAAAACAGCGUGACAAAGUUCGCACUUUUCCACACCGAUACACAUUUGCAAUGCAUACGACAACGACUUAUUUUUCUACGACGACGAGCCCGAUUUCGUCCACCCUACGGAUGCGGAUGUGGCAGAGUGGCAGCAAUGGCAAGCACGACUCCCUGCAGAAGUGAACGCACGAUUUGCAGCGUGGCUCUUCAACGAGGAGUAUCGCCACCACCGCCUGUACCGCACCGACCCCCGGACCCCGAAAAACUGCUUUGGCUACCUGUGCGUCGACGGACGCACGGGGGCUUUCGACCCGGAGUAUUUCGUGUCAUACACCGCUGCAGUGCUCGCCACGCGCUUGCUCGUUCCGCUUUCCGUACGACUGGUAGAAUGCUUUGACUGCCGGUGUUACGCGGCCGUCGGCGACACGGAUUUGCUGGAUGCAAAUCGGAAUGAGCUGUGGUAUUGCCCGAUGCACAUCGUGCAUGCAGUGGAAACUCUUCUGCGCAUGACCUGCCACUGUCCGCGCCCGCGCCUGGAAGAUACCUACGACGAAAGAGGAGGCCGCGCGACUACAAGCCUUCGCUGCACCAAGAUGGAAGGAACAGGUCCCGACGGAAGCACUAGCAUCCCGCCAGAGCAGCUGAUGCUAAUGACGGGAAAGUGGCACUUCAUGAUGCAGCUUCUCCUAGAGCCUCCGUUCACGGCCAAGUGGCGCGCCUUCGCACCCGCCGAAGAUCAUAGGAAUCCGGGGUCCGCGGAUAAAACUGGUAUGGUGGAGCGCGAGAUUUCCCGAACCGCGCUUGAUAUAGUGUUACGAAAUCAAGAUCAACAGCACGAUUGCGACGACGCGGCCACAUAUGUGGAUCAGCGGCUGAACUCGUGGGUGGACUUCGUAAACCGGGACAGCACGCAGCAACUACCGUGGAGCCAGAGUUUGGCCGACUCGGAGAAAGUAGCGGAGAGCAUCGUCAACCUAGUGGCGGAGCUAGCGAGCGGAAAAAGUAGUCACAAGAACCCGUCAGAUGGCAACAAGCGGCAAAACAACACCAGCGAGACCGCAGCCCAGCGCAGCAUCACAGAUGAGGAGAAUGAAUUCGCGAAAAAGGAACCUGGCUCUUGCCACAAUGCAGCGGGCGAUUCCAAGCACAACAAGGAGAUUGGUCUCACCUGCGAGAGCAAAUGGCGUCUUCGCACAUCCGCGAUCGUGGAGACAGAUGUCUGGACCAAAGGUACCAAAAACAGCAGCGCCUUUCUUCCGUCACCAAACCCAGUUUGGGUUCCCGAGGAUCGCUUCAUGUGGAACAGCUACUGCCACGCCUUUAACUGGUCCCAUUACUGCAAUGGUUACGGAUUCGGCCAUGCGGAACGCGCGGAAUAUUUGCUCCAGCGUUGGUUUAUUUUCGAAAAAGAGGAUGUAACUGCGACGGCCUUUCCCUGGGAGGCUUUGUUCGAGGCCGCGAGAUAUGCUGUGCAAAAGUUGUAUCGUACUCGUACGUAACUGUAGUGUCUUGCAUGACAGAUAGCUCGCUUGCUUUUACCUGCUUGAGAAUUACAUUCAAUUUUACCUAAUUCUUCAUGAUAAAAUGUGGUACGAAAAUUUUUACGAUGCUUUUAUAACGCAUACACAGCAGUACCGGCUGCAAGGAAAGUCUCUGCUUCCAUUCGACCCGCGUACCCUGGUGCGCAUCGGCGGCCGCGGCUACCCAGCUCCAGAUCGCGAUCGUGAGGUGUAUGUCACUCCCUGGCUUCCUGCUCAAUUAGAUGAUCAUCCACCAGGAUUGGACGCCGAUGCUAAAAAGCGACGAUCUCGAGCCAAGCUGUGGUUUUUUAUACGAACAAAAGUAGUACCGUUUGCCGUCGUUGCGCGCGUUUUGGGCCACGCCCCGUGGCGACUCUCGUGGGGAAAGCGCCAUUUCGACAAGACCUGUAGCAGCUGGAAUUACAGCACCAACAUCCUGCCACUGCCCGGCUACCAGAAGGAGCUGUUUCUCCUGAGUGCUGGCGACUUGCCCCAGAAGGUUGUGCACAGGACCGGCGGUGCGAAGGCGAACGCUGCUGCACGUGAUCCUCGCGAUGCACACGUCUGUUACACUCCUGUGGAAUUGAAGGAGCUUUCUCUACUCACAGGCACCACGGACGACGUUGAUAUGCCAUCACAAAAGAACGCUCGUUCUGGUCCCGCCACCGCCUCUCAAACUUUUGAUGCAAACGCAGAGUCGUUUUGUAAUGCAAAAUAUUAUUAUGAGGCUGCAUCUGCAGCUCUGCCUGUCGACGCCAAGUGGAGUGCUAGAUUAUCGUCGAAUCUUUUGAAAAUUUUGUUCCUUCCUCCCUUACCAACACGACACUUUUGGUAGAGAUGGGCAGUGCUCAUAUGCUUUGUAUUCAUGCAAGACAAAUUAUAUUCGAACCCGAAGGCAUGGGGGACGGGGACAUCGUCAUGGUUUUGUAGGGCAUAAGAAGUGAUGCAGUGGCAACAAGCGCAAACUCGGAAAUGGCAUCCUGGAGAACAAAAAUGAAGAUUCCCCGCCCACUGUUGCAGCAGCGACGAGUUGCGCGUGUGAGCCCAGUGCUCGUCGCUCUUUUGGAUUUGAUUACGAUGGACGAUGUCAACAAGAACAACGAAGUUUCCGCUACAGCUACGGCAGAUAGCACCGGAAUGAAUGUAGAUCUUCUUUCCGGCGAUGGCGCAGCGGAAACGAAAGGUGAGUACUGCAGCAAUACAAAUCCCGCCCCGCAGACGCAGUCAUCUUCGUCCGACCAGGAAGCAAGAUUGAACCCCGCGCAACCAACCACCGCAGGAGGGGCUGCCGGGUGGAUCAAGAAGCACGAGCUGCAUACCCUGGACCUCGAGGAGAUACUUGACUUCGAUUUCGUUUUCUUUCCGACCACCUCCGGGCGCUCUUACUCCGAGCAAAUGCAGCCGUCCGGCGUUUCCAACUACCACAAACUUUUUGCUCCCAACCCAGUGGAGAUCGCGCUCGAGGAACUCUUCAGACAGUACACGAAGCUACCGGAUGCGAAAUCUGUAGCCAAAGAUGACGACAGACGGGCGAUGAAGGACGUCUGCGAGUUUUUCCUCCCGCAGUUCGACGUGCGCGAUUCGAAGUACGAAGAGUUCACGCAGCUCUGGGCCGCCGUGAAAGACGAGAGCAGUACCGCUGCGGUGCGGGAAGGAGCGGAUUUUGCUAGCCAAUCCGCGAUAGGCAGUUCGACGGGGAAGGCGCGAGAGGAUGAACCGACGAAGACCAGCCAGGCGCGGCGGAUGCUCUUCAUCUGGAGACACCACAUGCAGCUCCUGAACACCGACCACUGGUCUCUGCUAAACUCCUAUCCUGUGCGACAGUGGGUGCCAGAACCAAACUACUACCGAUAAACUGCAUUGCAAGAGCAAGUUUGUUCAGCAUGAGACAUGAAGUCCGAAUAAAUUGAAACUAGAAUGAUCAGAUAGACGAGGAAGAUUUGUCAUGCAUGAUUAAUGCCAGUAGUAGAGGUUGUGCGAUACUUUGACUUUUUCACAGGAUGCGACGGAGUUUUCGACAUUGAUGGCACACGGACGCUUCGCGGAGUGCAGAGAGGUGCUAUGAAUCGCAAAUAUGUCUUGGUUGGGAACAAACGGGAAUUUGUGAUGCUGCAUUGAUGUCGUGGUUGAUCAGGAUUUCCUAAUACUGCAAUGACGCAUGACAAACUUCAACUGGAGAGAAAAAGAAUCGAAGCGUAAAUCUUUCGUCACUAUGCAAAAGAACAAGCACUGGAAGUUCUGAUCAUUCAUCUCAUUUCUACCGAUUUCGAGAACAAAUUUCCAAUGCAUACACCCUGCGGGAGAACAACAACUUUGCUUACAACUUCUACCGCGCUAGCAAGGAGGAGGAGGAGGAGAAGGGAGCGUAGUCCACCACUUCGCGUCCUUGUCUGCCAUCCCGCGCAACCAUGAUGUAGACGCAAAAAAGCAACACUGCUCCGGUGAAAGUCGCGAGAAGUGUAGAUAAAGGAAAGAAGUGUACUUACUCAUCGGAAAGUGUUUUGUUGUCCCCACUACACGAGGUCGAGGACCCGACAGGAGCUACAAAAAGGUGAAAAGGUGAACAAAGUACGCAAUGCCGUUCCCGGCUGGUAGGUGAACAUGAAACCAUCUGAAAAUAAAAACGCAGAAAGGAAACACCAAAACGAGUGCUCAGUGCCCAAUCUUCGAAUAGACACGCCGACAGGCGUAGAUGAAAACAGUGGUUGUCAGAAGCCCGCACCACUCGCAUUCCAUUUAGGAUUAAGAUUGUUAUUCGACG